AUGGUCCGCACUUCCGUCCUCCACGAUGCGCUCAACGCCAUCAACAACGCCGAGAAGGCUGGCAAGCGCCAGGUCCUGAUCCGACCUUCUUCCAAGGUCAUUAUCAAGUUCCUCCAGGUCAUGCAGCGCCACGGAUAUAUCGGAGAGUUCGAAGAAGUUGACGACCACCGAUCCGGCAAGAUCGUCGUCCAGCUCAACGGCCGCCUGAACAAGACUGGUGUCAUCUCCCCCCGCUACAACGUCCGCCUCUCUGAGCUCGAGAAGUGGGUUGUCAAGCUGCUCCCUGCCCGUCAGUUCGGCUAUGUCAUCCUCACCACCUCUGCUGGUAUCAUGGACCACGAGGAGGCCCGACGCAAGCACGUUUCUGGCAAGAUCAUUGGCUUCUUCUACUAA